GUGAUUUCGAAGCAUCUGGAAUUAAAUCCAUAUGCUCUAUAAAUUCUGUGCAUUCAAAUUUCUUACCCUCAUAAAUCAUAAUCUGCGCCUUUUUUUCUCUCUCUUAACUAACAACAAAUUUCUACUACAACAUUUUCCAUUAAAAGGGGCAAAUUAUUAACUUGGAAUUAUCUCUCUCCUCAGAUUUCAGCGAUCGCGUUGGAAAAAACCCUAAUCAACCAUUGAAAGUUCGUCGUUAUAAUCAAAUUUUAGUUGCUUCAUUUACUUUUUGUUCAAUUUACACUCUAAAUUUUCCAUUGCAUUUUCAUCUGAUUGCAUCGAAUUCGGGGUUUGAUUAUAACUUGAAUUUGCUGAAAACAGGUAGGUUUUAGUGGUUGAUUAUAGAAGAUCGAAAUUUUUAGGGUUUGGAUUUUUAGUUGAUCAAUAAGUGUAGGAAAAAUUAAGUUAAAUUAGGGAUUAGAGUGAAUUUGAUGUGAUAGGAUCAAAUAACAUAUUGUUGAUUGCUUCUUCUUUUUUUCUUGUUUUUGAUUGAGAAUUUGCUUGUUAUUCUAUUGUGUUGAUUAUGAUUAGCUCAUUUAGCUGUUUGUUUGUGUUUAAUCUGCUUAAUUAUCAUAUUUACUUGUGAAGAAUGAAAAAUUGGUUUAAAUUUAUAUUUGGAUGCUGUAUAUAAAGACAGGGAAUUUCUUGAAUUUAUUGUUUGUAGAAGUAAUUAACUCUCCUGUGAUUUGUUGGAGGGUUGGAGUGAUGGUUUAAAUGGGUAUAUAGUGGUACUAUGAUUCGUUGUUACUGUUGGGUUAAGUGAGCUCAAUGCUUUUGUGUGCCAUUGUUUUGAGGCGUAUACCGAAUAAAUGGGUGAUAUGCGAUUCGUACUCGGUAUGAGAACUGUGCAUAUUGUGGGAUUGGACUUGUUUCCAUGACUAUAAACUUAAACAUCGUAAGAGAAUUUUGAGAUAUCCACCCCAUUUAAUCAUAUUACAUUCGCCACGCAAGCUCAGAUAACUCCAAAUUCAACCAUUUUGCAUGUAUCAAUGUAUCAUGACGCUGGAGUCUUGCGCUUCUCUCGUGGCUCUAAAUGAUUCUCUAGGCAUCACCACAGCUUCACAUUUCUUGAUGCACUUUCUCCUGGUUUACUCUCGUUGUAGGCUGUUAGUUAUUUGACCUAUGUCGAUCAUCUGUUAAUAUGACUUCAACCUGUUGUACCUUAGUUGGAUAGAAAUUUCUUCCUCGAGGUGGUCGAGGAAUUCUGGGUAUGAUUUCUCAAAAUAAUUGAGAAUCUUAGAGAACUAAGAUGAAUUUUCAAACAUGUCUUGAUGCCACUGAAGAAUUUGAGCGACGCUAAUUCUGUCCCUAGUCAAAUGCAAACCUCUUGUCAGGAUGGUCUUACUGAAGAUAGUGUCUCGAAGCACAUUUCACAUUGGACCUAGCAAAGUGAAGACUCAUCUCCAUUCAAGUAUGCAUGUUCUGCUCAAACUUUUAUAGACCUUAAUAUUCCUGCUCUAGGGCUGAAUGCGGUGGAGGCCCAUGAUGCGACAUUAUAUCUGUCUCCAUGCUGUCUCGAAGCACAUUUCACAUUGCACAUACGCUGAGUGACUGUUCCAUAGUAUAAAUUGGGUUGACGUUUCCAAAAGUGGGAUAUGUGAAGAUCAGGUGUAGUAAUGAUUAAGUCAGCAUUUAGUCAGGGUAGGUUAUGAAGAUAUUCACCCGAAGUCCUGAAUCAAGGUAGGCAUGUUGAUGGACCAUCAACGUACAAUCUCACACAAUUUCCCUGCAUCGUUGAUUUCGUUUUAGACAAGAAUUGAUUUGUGUGAUCUACUGCUUUUACCAUAGGUUUGAGGCUUGUAUGAUUCAUCUUCAAUUUAGUUGGACUCCCUUUUUGGACCUCCAAGGCAUCAAGAGAUCGUGCAAUGCUGUUGAUUACUACCUAAAGCACGAAGCUGUGGAGUUCCUGAUUGCUGAACAUUUUAGUUUUUUAGUGGAUGUCUGUAGAUCUUCUUAUUUGAUCUACUCUCCUCUGGGAGUUGUGACGAUUGGAGCUGUGCAGCCUUGCUUCAAUUAUCUUGUUGCUGAUUUCAUUGCUCUGCAGCUGUGUAGAAGAAAGCAAGGAUGUUUACCUGGGUGCCUUGGAUGCUUAGUAUGCUUUUUAGGUCAUAGGAUUAGUCCUAAAUGAUACUCUCAAUGCAGGUAUUUUAGCGUGCUUUAAGCAGCUUAGUUACUAUAAGUGUCUUCAUGGAACCAAUUGAGACGCUAAACAAGUCAGUGAAGUUGCAAUCAGAUGGCAAAGUCUCUGUAGAUGCCUCUGAUCAUGCAGAUGAUCUGCUUGAUGUGGGGUACAUGGAGUAUGGAUGUCAGCAUUAUCAGCGAAGAUGCCGAAUUAGAGCACCAUGUUGUAAUGAGAUAUUUGACUGCCACCAUUGUCAUAAUGAAGCAAUGAAUAAUAUCAAUCUUGAAAAGACAAAGAGACAUGAUAUUCCACGACAUCAAGUUCAUCAGGUGAUUUGUUCGCUCUGUGGUACUGAACAAGAGGUGCGGCAAGUGUGUGUUAACUGUGGCGUUUGCAUGGGGAAAUAUUAUUGUGAGAUAUGCAAGUUAUAUGAUGAUAAUACAUCUAAGAAGCAGUACCAUUGUGAUGGAUGUGGAAUCUGCAGAAUUGGAGGGCGAGAAAAUUUCUUCCACUGUUACAAAUGCGGUUGUUGCUACUCAGUGGUCCUGAAAAAUAGUCAUCCUUGUAUUGAAGGGGCAAUGCAUCAUGACUGUCCUGUUUGCUUUGAGUAUUUAUUUGAAUCCAGAAAUGAUGUCACAGUAUUGCCAUGCGGACACACGAUCCACAAAAAAUGCUUAGAUGAAAUGCAAGAGCAUUGUCAAUUUGCUUGCCCCCUUUGCUCUAAGUCAGUUUGUGACAUGUCUAAGGUGUGGGAGAAAUUUGACGUGGAAAUUGCUGCAACACCAAUGCCCGAACCUUACCAGAAUAAGAUGGUCUCUAUCCUUUGCAAUGACUGUGAGUCCAGAUCUUGCGUCCAGUACCAUAUUGUUGCUCAAAAAUGUCCUAAUUGUAAAUCUUACAACACUCGCCAAUUGAGAAGUUGAAGUCUGGCAUUUAUUCAGGAGCAACGAUAUGUUCAUGGUAUCAUAUGAUUUGGAAGACAUAACUAGUUACAUCAGUCAGUGUUAGGAACAGCGAAUUUUCAUUACUUGAGCUUGCUCGAGGAGACUCGCUAUUCUUCGGAUCAUCUUUUUUGCAAGUUCAGUGAAAUGAUUCGAAUUAAUGCCUGUAAUUUCAUGCAAUUUACAUCAUAGGAAACACCAAUGGAUCUCCCUUGGUCCUUGAAAUUGCAUUUAGACUAUGAUUGGCACUCUUUCCAGUCAGUUUUUAAAGAUGUAGUAGCAUCUUUCUGUUUGCUGCAAUUCAUCUGCACAUAUUGGGUCUUCAAGGCAGAGCUCCAGGUACUGUAGAGCUCAUCUUAUGAAUACUUUGGGUGUGAUUUAACUUUGUUAAUUAUCUCAUUGAUAUAUAUAAUUCAAAAUUUUUGUUUCAA